AUGUUGAUUUCUAUUUACACACUAUCUAUCUAUCUAUCUAUCUAUCUAUCUAUCUUAUUCUGUUCAUAUCUAUCAUAUUCUGUUCAUAUCUAUCUAUCUAUCUAUCUAUCUAUCUAUCUAUCUUAUUAUGUUUCAUAUCUAUCAUAUUCUGUUCGUAUAUCUCUAUCUAUCUAUCUUUUUUUAUUAUGUUCAUAUCUAUCUAUUUUGUUCAUAUCUAUCUAUCUAUCUAUCUAUCUAUCUAUCAUCUAUCUUAUUCUGUUCAUAUCUAUCUAUCUAUCUAUCUAUCUAUCUAUCUUAUUAUGUCAUAUCUAUCUUUUGUUCCAUAUCUAUCUAUCUAUCUAUCUAUCUUAUUCUGUUCAUAUCUAUCAUAUUCUGUUAAUAUCUAUCUAUCUAUCUAUCUAUCUAUCUAUCUUAUUAUGUUCAUAUCUAUCUAUUUUGUUCAUAUCUAUCUAUCUAUCUAUCUAUCUAUCUAUCUAUCUUAUUCUGUUCAUAUCUAUCAUAUUCUGUUCAUAUCUAUCUAUCUAUCUAUCUAUCUAUCUAUCUAUCUAUCUAUGUUCAUAUCUAUCUAUUUUGUUCAUAUCUAUCUAUCUAUCUAUCUAUCUUAUUAUGUUCAUAUCUAUCUAUUUUGUUCAUAUCUAUCUAUCUAUCUAUCUAUCUAUCUAUCUAUCUUUAUUCUGUUCAUAUCUAUCAUAUUCUGUUUCAUAUCUAUCUAUCUAUCUAUCUAUCUAUCUUAUUAUGUUCAUAUCUAUCUAUUUUCUAUCUAUCGAUCUAACUUAUUCUGUUCAUAUCUAUCUAUCUAUAUAUCUAUCUUAUUCUGCCCAUAUCUAUCUAUCUAUCUAUCUAUCUAUCUAUCUAUCAAUCUAUCUAUCUAUAUAUAUAUAUAUAUAUAUAUAUAUAUAUAUAUAUAAUAUGUGUGUGUUCACAUCUAUCUAUCUAACUCAUUCUGUUCCUAUCUAUCUAUCUAUCUAUCUAUCUAUCUAUCUAUCUUAUUCUGUUCAUAUCUAUCUAUCGCUCUCUCUAUAUUCGAUUGUUUCAUGGGUAAACAACUUGAGGGAAACGGGUGAUGUAAAGAAAAAGAAACCUGGCCUCCCACGAACAGCAAGGUCACCCCAAAACAUUGACUCAGUGUAUAGAGAAGAAUGGACGCCAGCAUAG